CCUAUUGCGUCAGCUCCUAUAAAGGAGCCAGCCCUCCAACUUAGGCCCAUUCUUUCAACUCCCAACUUGAGCGCACAGAAUUAAGUGAUUUGAUUACCUAAGUAGUAACUACCCCGUUGCCCAUUGCCCCGUCGCCCGGAUAAAAUGACCACAUUCCCGCCCGAGAAAGCCCCCAAGCCGGGCCUGAACAUCUACGGCUACCCGGCCGUAAACCCGUACAAGCUGACCAUCGCGGCCGAAGAGCUGGGCAUCCCAUACAACUACAUCACCGUAAACAUCAGAACCGAGCUCGAGUCCGAGUGGUACCUCUCCAUCAACCCGAACGGCCGCGUGCCCGCCAUCGUGCACGUCAAAGACGACGGGACCUCCGCGACCGUGUUCGAGAGCGGCGCCUGCCUGCUCUACAUCGCCGCCGAGUUCGACAAGGAGCACAAGAUCUCCCACCCCGUCGGCACGCCGGAGUACUGGGCCCAGCUGUCCUGGCUCUCGUGGCAGAUCUCCGGCCAGGGCCCGAUGCUGGGCCAGGCUGCCCACUUCAACCGGUACGCCCCCGAGCCGGUGCCGUACGGCUCGUGGCGGUACACGGCGGAGGCAAGGCGGCUGCAUACUGUGCUGGAUAAGCAACUGUCCAAAACCCCCUACCUAACCGGCCCCCACCCCACCAUCGCCGACAUCGCCACCUUCAUCUACGCCCACUCCUCCGCCUGGAUCGGCCUGCCUCCCCCCUCACCCUCGGAGUUCCCCCACAUAGCCACCUGGCGCGACCGCCUCCUCGCCCGCCCCGGCUUCCGACGAGGGCUAGAGAGUCCCGUCCCGUACCCGUUCAGCGACGACCGAGUUACGCGGGAGGAGGGGGGGGAGGGGCAGGAGUUUUACGUAAAUGUGAGGAGGUGGGGGAGCAGGGGGAUCAGGAGCGCGACGGAGAGGUGGUGGCGGGAGGGGGGGGGACGGGUGCUGGGGGUUCCGUCUGAUGGGGCGAAUCUGGGGGGUGUGGAGGGGGGAGAGGGAGGGGAGGGGGAAGGGGGUAAGUGAGGUGUGCGUGUGUGCGUGUGCGUGUGCGUGUUGGAUCGCGUUCCUGGUCUGGCGGUUAGACUUAUGCGGUAGCCUAGUCUACCUUACCUAGGGGUAUAGGUAUGCACCUCGGAGUGCCCACGUGACUUUGCCCCCCCUGCCUACGGCUUCUAGUACUUAGGUAUCCAGUCGUUACAGCUGCACUCAUAUAACCGAACUGAUCGGAAAGGCUAUUCUUGCUUUAUUGUUCUUAAGCUCUCGAGUGAUAAGUUAUACAUUUGUCUUGUACCUAAUCAGAUUUUGCGAUCUUAUCUCGAAAUGUUAGCUUAAGGCACAGCGGGUCACGUGAAUCCCGGUGAGACAAGGGGGUUCUGGCACAAGUCUUCUAACCUCCUAGGCUCCUACAAUUUUUCCUCGACAUUGGUUAGA